AUGGUUGAGGAGAGCCCCGCCCCAGGCUCGGCCCGCCCCGCCCUCCGCAGCGCCCUGGACUUGCACCGCCUCCUCAGGCUUGCCUCCCGGGCCAGCCGGAGGCUCGUCCCGUCCGGCUACUCGCGUCUCGCGCCCUCCCACGCUACCCGGGCGCGUCCCGCCUCCUCCCCCGCCCCUCAGCUACUCUCCCAGCUUGCCCCGCCCCUGCCCAAGCGCUCCUUCCGCCUCUGCACGCCGCUGCUGCCCGGGCUCCAGUCGCUAGCUGUCUCAUCUCCAUGGCGACACUGUGUCUCUGGUUCCCCGCUCCCAACUCCGCGCGAACCGCGAGCUGGGCUGGGCUUCGGUGUCUACCCUCCGGACCCGCGGUGUGAGAGGACCACGAGCGUGUUCGGGCUCCGGAGCUCCGCGGCUGUCGAGGCGGCGCGCGAGAAGGUACCAAAAUAUAAACAGAAUGGCAGAUUGCUAGUGUUUGACCCAAAGGAAAAAGUGAUGAGUGAACCAAAUGAAGCAAAGUCAGAUAAAUGCCUCUUUGGAUGUAGACCAAGAUUGGCAAGCAAACUUUGUACCUUACCAACACAAGUCUCUCUAAAUGUAGCUAGGACAUUCUCAGAAAAGAAGGAAGUCUCUUCAAAAAAUAUUGAAAAUACAGCUUCUUUAAAGAAUACUGAAAAUAGAGUAUCUUCAAAAAGCAUUGAAAAUAAAGAUACAGAAAUGAAUCUACAGUCGAAGCUACGGUCAUCUUCCUUCUUAAAGGAAAGCACAGGUCAAGUGGGCAGAGUCGCAUUCCUUGCAGAGCAGGAGAAAAAUAAUGAACAUUGCCUUCAGGAUAUUGAUGACAAGUUGUCUGAAUCAACAGAUGAUGAUGGUGAAGAUGAUACCAAUGAUGAAGAUAAUGAUGAAGACAGUAGCCCUAAUAAGGAUACUCAUGCCCCAUUAGAGUUAAUGGCAGAAUUCCUGAGAGCAGAAAUGGGACAAGACUACCAUUUGGCAAAAAAAUUAUGUCAGAUGAUUCUAAUCUAUGAACCAGAAAACCCUGAGGCCAAGGAGUUUUUCUCACUUAUUGAAGAAAUGUUGCUGAUGGAGAAAUCUCAAAAUCUCGAGGAAGAUGAUGACGAUAGUGAAGAAGACAGUAGUGGUGAGAGUGAAGGAGAAAGCAGUGAGGAGCUAAGUGAAGAAAGCUCUGAUGAAUGUGAAGAUGGGUGAUGGAAGUUGCUGCUGUGGUUCAGUCUUCAUGUAUUUUCAUUACUGUAUACCAUGGAAAUAUAAAGGACAA